UGGCGCUCGACAAAUUCACGAUGGUGAAAUUGAAGACGGAGACGCCUUCUCCAUCCGCGCUGCCGUAUUUACUUGCUUAUCGCUCUGUAUAAACACCUUCCGCCCCUCCCUCCUCCAUUCCCUUGCUUUCAUCUUCGCACCCAUCUCCACUUCACAAAAAUCCCCGUCUCUGCCUAACAUUUCUUUCAAUGGCUGCUUCACAAGCCUCAAUCUUUUCCAUUUCUGCUCUCCCUUCGUCUCGCAAAUAUUCUUCUUGUUUUUCAGCAUCUCCUACUUCGCUGCUGUUCAUGUCCCAGACUAAUCGGAAAGCUUUCGGGGGCAAAAAGCUUGGCCGCAUCUCUGUUUGCAGGGCAAUGGUUCAGGAGGCAGUUCAGGGAGCGCCGGCGGCUUACGCCAAGGAAAUGGAGAGGUUAUCCGCCAAAGAAUCGCUUCUUCUUGCUUUUAAAGAUGCAGGGGGUUUUGAGGCCCUGGUCACUGGAAAGGCAUCGGAUAUGCAAAAAAUUGAUGUGACGGAAAGGAUAACUAGUCUUGAGCGGCUCAAUCCAACACCUCGCCCCUCAACGUCACCCUUUUUAGAAGGACAAUGGAACUUUGAGUGGUUUGGUUCAGGGAGUCCAGGAUUGUUUGCUGCUAGAUUUAUAUUUGAGAAUUUCCCUUCAAGUUUAGCUACCUUGUCAAAAAUGGAUGUCUUUAUUAGGGACGGAAAUGCAAGGAUUACUGCAAACAUGAAAUUAUUGAACUCGGUAGAAAGCAAAAUUACCCUAUCAACGAAGUUAUCUGUAGAAGGUCCUCUUCGUCUGAAGGAGGAGUAUGUUGAAGGGAUUCUUGAGACACCUACAGUUAUUGAGGAGUCAGUACCAGAACAGCUUAAAGGCGCACUUGGGCAGGCAGCUAAUGCUGUGCAACAACUUCCUGUCCCUAUCCGAGAUGCCAUUACCAGUGGGCUGAAAGUUCCCCUGGGUGGAAGUUUCCAGAGACUAUUCAUGAUUUCUUAUCUUGAUGACGAGAUACUUAUAUUAAGGGACACCUCAGGAAUGCCUGAAGUUCUGACAAGGCUGGAUGCAUCUCCAUCUUCCUUGGUGGAACCGAGUCCUGAUUAUGAGAGCUAAGAUUUCUUUGCUUGUAAGGAGACUAAAUUAUUGCAUAAUAAAUAUAUAUAUUUAUAUUCCCUCACAGUGAUGAAUAAAAAUUCAUCUGUUUUUCUCAUUCAUGUCAAUUCAUGGGAUCAUAGAUCUA